UGUUAACAUGUAACCUAUAAAUUAGUAAACGAGUAAAAGUCUUGUUUUAAUUUACAACUAAAAAUUAUUAAUAACGAUAAAGGUUUAACUAAGAUGAAAUUAACAUAAACUCAAAUGGUUGUUUGGUGUUACUGUGAAUAUGUUUUAGAACUGCAUGAAAUAAACUUCAAAGUUGUUGAUGUAUUUAUCAACUCAUAACACAACAGCAACAAAAUAAGGAUUUUAUAACAAAAUCAUUAAAAUGUCUACUAGUGAUCAAAUAAACUAUAAUAUGGAGCCAAAUGAGGGUGCAGUAGCAAGUGGAGAAACUCAUAAUGUAGGUCAGGCACAAGUAAAUGUGAGCAAGCCACCUCAAGCAGCACGACAGACAAAUUUACAAAGAAUACAACAUAAUAAACAAACAGUUCUUAGCUACCCAUAUGACAAUAAACUGUUUAAACUUGCCUGUUACUCUAAGUGCCAAGGAAGCAAAUGUGACUGUACAGGAUGGAAUAGGACUGAAAGUACUACUCAAACCCAUUCUUUUAAUGAUCCAUGCCGUUGUGAACAUUCACUUGAAUUACAUAUUUCUCAUUUGAGAAGUAAGAGUGAACAAGAAAUCAACAGGCUAUUGAGUAUGGUUGUUGAUGUUGAAAACAUGUGUAAGGCCAUGAAUCGAGAAGAAAAUUCAGAGACAAAGAAAGUUUAUAGUUACUUGUAUAAGUUACUUCAAAAGUGUAUUCUUACACUUGAUGUGCCAGUCGUGGAAGGACCACUGGGGCAGCCACCAUUUGAAAAACCUUCUAUUCACAAAGCAGUCACGAAUUUACUUAUUUAUAAAUUUUCUCAUUUAGCUCAACAAGAAUGGAAGACAAUGUAUGAUUUAGCAAAACGGUUUCUGCAUUAUUUAAAUACAUGGGAUUUUCCAUCUCCAAGUAUCCAGAAAAACAUUGUUAGCCAAGAAGAAGCCACGGUUUAUAUAAUUGCAUAUACAAGAUGGUUGGUUUUUUGCCAUGUUCCUGCUUUCUGCGAUUCAUUGAGACAUUAUGACACCACUCAAGUUUUUGGUAGAACCUUUUUAAGGGCUGUUUUUAAAUAUGUUAGAAGACAAGUGAUGAACGAAUUUCAUCAAGAACGCGAACGAAUGCCUUUGGAAAGGAGGGUGAUGAUACUGACCCAUUUUCCGCCGUUUUUAAAUCAACUUGAUGAAGAAAUUUAUGCCCCUUCAUCCCCAAUAUGGGAUCAAGAUUUCAAGCAAACUCCCUCACCUCAUCUGCAAUCUUUACUAGAAAGCAAGUCAAAAAAAUUAACAUUAAUGAAGAGGGCUGGUGAGUUUGAAAAACUUACCCCUACUGAACGGGAGGGCUACACAAAUUUACAGAUUAGCUCUGGCUCAACUAUUGUUAAGAAAAGUCCUGACACACCUCCUAAAGACUCAAAAAGGCGUAAGGUGGCUCAAGAUGAACAAUUUGAGGACAUCAGUGCUGAUACAGUUGCCGAAAUUAUUGCAACUAUUGACGAUCCUAAUUACAUGACUGGGCCUGAUGUUGUUUUUUCCGAAAAUGCUCCAGCCAGAGACGAACCGCCAAAAUUAGAAGAAAAGCGCAAAAUAAUUGAAUUCCAUGUGGUAGGCAACAGCCUCACUGCCCCUGUUACUAAACAAACAGUGCUUUGGUUGAUUGGUUUACAAAAUGUCUUUUCACAUCAGUUACCAAGAAUGCCUAAAGAAUAUAUUACUCAAUUGCUGUUUGAUCCGUAAACAAGAAAGCUCACGCUUUUACGCAACAAUGGAACCUCACAACCAUUAAAUGGAUUUAUUUAUUACAUUUGCGAAACCCAAGGCUUUACUGAAAUUGUUUUUUGUGCAGUAACGUCAAGUGAACAGGUCAAAGGUUACGGAACUCAUUUAAUGAACCACUUAAAAGAUUAUCACGUUAGAAAAAAUGUUUUACAUUUCCUCUCAUAUGCUGAUGAAUAUGCAAUAGGAUAUUUUGAAAAGCAAGGUUUUUCAAAGGACAUUAAAAUAUCAAAACCAAUAUACCAGGGAUACAUUAAGGAAUAUGAAGGUGCUACAUUAAUGCACUGUGAACUAAAUCCUAGAAUCGUUUACACUGAAUUUACGUCGGUUAUAAGAAGACAAAAAGAAAUAAUAAAACAGUUAAUAUACAGACAACAAAGGACCGUGUCGAAAGUGCAUCCAGGAUUAACAUGUUUCAAAGAAGGUGUGAGACCAAUUCCUAUUGAAUCAAUACCAGGUAUUCAAGAGACUGGAUGGAGACCUCCAGCAAGGGCCACAAGAGGUGGUCAACAUUUAGAAGAGUCUCAAGAUGCAGAAACUUUAGCGAGUAUGCUCAAAAUUGUAUUGAAUGCGGUUAAAAAUCGCGAAGAUUCAUGGCCUUUUCGACAACCUGUUAACAAACUAGAGGUCCCUGACUACUACAAACACAUAAAAUAUCCAAUGGAUUUAAAAACAAUGAGUGAAAGACUGAAGAAUAGAUAUUAUUCUACAAGAAGGUUGUUCAUAGCCGAUAUGACUCGAAUUUUUACGAAUUGUAGAAUUUAUAACUCACCAGAGACCGAAUACUAUCAGUGUUCUGUUAGUUUACAGCAAUAUUUUCAAACGAAAAUGAAGGAAAUGGGCUUGUGGGACAAAUGAAAUUUAAAUACCUUGUUUUUAAAUGUAUAAUAACGAUUAAUAGAUCUCUGAAUGUUUAAUUUGAUAUUAAGUAUUCGUGUAAGAAUAAAUAGUUUCUUUAA